AUGCUCUCCAAGUUGACUCAAGAAGCUCCUGAAUACGUGUCCAAGAUUGCACGUAUUGAAGAAAUUGGAGCGCCAAGCAUUGAUGUCAUAGAAGUCAGACCGGUUGAGAUAGGCGAGCCAGAUUGGAUGUACGACUUGAAGAAUUACAUCGCCAACGGCACUCUACCGGACGACUCUUCCCGGGCAAAGAAAGUUAAGUUAAGGGCACCACGUUUUCAAUUGGUUGAUGAUAGGCUCUACAAAAGAUCAUAUGGCGGACCGCUGCUCCGGUGCUUAACUAGCGACGAGGCGAAAGUAGUGAUGGAAGAAGUUCAUGAAGGGAUCUGUUCUGCCCAUCAAAGACCAAGAACACUCGCGCAAAAGAUCAUUCUGAUGGGUUACUAUUGGCCUUCGAUCAACCUGGAUUGCGAGCAGUACGUUCGACGAUGCGCCACUUGUCAAGAAUUUCAUAAGUUACCCGGUCGACCGGCCACCUACUAUCAACCGGUCAGCGAAGUAAUACCUUUUGCAAGGUGGGGCGAUGCGGUCAUUUGUAGAGCUUUCUUCGCUACCUUAGUCGGUAAGGCGGCCGAAUGGUUCAAGGGUUUGGAGCAGGGGUCGAUAAGAAAUUUUGGUCAGUUGGCCGAUAAGUUUGUAAAGCGUUUCGCUGCAAAUGGGAACGUGAGGUUGANGAUGGCAGCCGGACGCAAAAAGUAUGUGAUAGUGGCGAUCGAUUACUUCACCAAGUGGGUGGAAGCAAAAGCGUUGGCAACCAUCACUUCUCAACAGUGUCAAAAGUUUCUUUGGAAAAAUGUGAUUACUCGCUUCGGGGUACCUGUUCAAUUGAUCACAGACAACGGGACACAAUUNCAGCCGGUCAAUCGGGACAGAGGCCACGAUCAAAGGAAAAAUGAACCACCGUUCAAACACGUCAAACAAUACAAUCGGCCAGAAGAUGUACCACGUUUCACUCCGUUGAACAGACCCCUGGUGGAAGUCUUGCAGUUUGCCGAGCAAUGCAAUUUGAUCCACCCACCGGAGCCGAUACCCGAGGGGGAGGACAAGAGAAAGUAUUGUGCUUUCCACAGAGUCAAGGGACACAAUACUUCGGAGUGCAUGGCCUNAUUCGAGGCAAGAGUCCCGAUUGAAGCAUGGCUCCCUACCACUCGGGAAAGAAAUUACGAUCCGGAAGUGAAUGAUGAGAUGCAAGGUACGGAACUCAAUUUCAUAGACGAAAAAAGGGACAUGGCAGCUCGAAGGUUAAUAGAAUAUCAGAGGAAUGCCAAAGUAGCCCAUGACGGUCGAGUGAACCCACGAUAUUUCCAAGUAGGAGAUCUGGUCCUACGGCGGAGGGAAGCUAGCAAGCCGACUGAUCACGGAAAAUUUGCCAAGAAGUGGGAAGGACCCUACAGGGUCUCUGCAAUGGUUCAGCCAGGUACCUAUAAGUUAGAGACUCUUUCUGGUCGAUUAGUCGCCCGAGUGUGGAACUCUGAGCACCUUAUUAAAUUUCACAAGUAG